AUGUUGCAAGCAGCGCCAAUACCAGUCCACGAACAGUUCCCGGAUGUGGAUAAAGAUGUCAGCGAGGACGUCGUGGAACAAUUACAGAUACCGGUGGUAGCGUCACCGCCGUCUCUUCUGCAAGACUUAGCUUCAGUGGACAGACUCUUCAUCACAAAACGUCUCCGGGUGAAAAACGUGCUCUUUCUACGAGGCAAGAAGAACAGGUUCUACGUGCGAACUCCCGAUCAAAAACUGCUUUAUUCUAUUGAAGAAAUAAACAGUUGGUGGGUUGGUUACCUGUUCUAUGGUCUACGGCCGCUUCAGCUGCGCGUUAAUAACGCUCAGGGUGUCGAAGUGAUGAGAAUCGUUCGUCCGUACGCCUGCACGGCCAGGGUGCUGCCCUGCCAGCUACAACGGCUCCAGGUCUUCUCGCCACCAGGACAGCUGGUCGGCACAGUCGAACAGCAAUGGACUGCGGUCAAACCUCUGUACGUGAUCCGGAAUAAGGAACGCGAUGUGGUGUUUUGGAUACGGGGUCCGUUGAUAACAAUCAGCUGCUUCAAGGACAUUAAGUUCGACAUCUUCAGGGCUGACGGCUCUCCUGUCGGCGGCACCUGCAAACGUUGGCAGGGAGUCACGCACGCACUAUUCUUUGCACCGGUUACUGACAGAUUCGGCGUGGCGUUCGAAAGGAAUCUGACGCUGGAAGAAAAAGCGUUACUACUCGCUGCCACUUUGCUAAUGGAUUACAUGUAUUAUGAUGCCUAAAUAAUAUUGUUUUGAA